GCUUGCCCCAGUGGCUGAGCCAGUAUCCCAGGCAUCUCCUCCAGCUAUAUAAGGAGCCCACUUGAGUCAGGGGAUGGGCACUGGGGUCGUGGGGGACUUGGGGCCAACCAUACCAAACAAGGCAAGGUUACUGGCAUUGUAUAAAACCAGGGCCUGUGGCUGGUUGCCUGCCUGUGGCCCUAACGGUGCCAUCCAGAAGGGCUCCGUGGUGGCUGCAACAAAGCCAACUGAGGUCCUUAGGUCAAUCUCUGCAGGGUGAGUUCAUUCCUCUGAGAAGCCUCAGACAUUCCCACCCCGAUCAGGUAGGCAAAGGGCCAAAGGUCAGAGCCUCUGUCUCCACCUGCACACCCUGUUUGUUAUCCCGCUCCCCAGAUGUCCAAAGUAGCUCCUGCCAAAAAACCGGCAGCCCCACCUCCAGGAUGUACCCUGGAUAUCAACGACAACCAGGUUAGAGGGCAGCCAUUAUAUCCAGGCUCUUACCGGGGCCACAGGCCUGCCCGAGAAUGUCUCGAGCUCUGGGCCUGGACCCCACCGCGGUUGCUGGAGCCGCUGAAGGAUGUGGCGCUGAUCGAGGGCAGCGCGGCCAAGUUGACUUGCCGAAUUUCGGCUUUUCCCGACCUAUUCAUCCCCUGGAGCAAGGACGGCAAAGAGCUGCACGACGGACCCAAGUAUCGCUACGUUUUUGAGGACCCUGAUGUAGUGUCUCUGGUUGUGCGCGACGGCGAGCUGGCAGACCUAGGCCAGUACAGUAUCAGUGUAUCCAACCUCGGCCAGUGCUCCGACUCGGCUCGAAUCCUGGUAGAGGUCCUGGCUAAGAUUAAAAAAGGACCGGACAACACGAAGGCGCGCAAAGGCACCACGGUAACGCUGACUGCGAAGGUCUUGGGCGAGCCUCCGCCCGACACGGGCUAGACCAAGGACGCGGAGGGCAUCGAGGAAGACGACAGGAUGUUCUUUGAGAUCGGCGCCAGCACCACGACGCUGACCGCUCGCCGGACCACGGCCGAGGCCAGCGGCAAGUACGAAGUGUACGUGGAGAACAGGCUGGGGAUGAACCAGAGCUUCGCGCGCGUGGACGUGGCCUGAAGAAACCCUCAGACCUCUCGUCCUGACCUCAAGGCCAGGGAUGAGUGGGGCCGACAACCCUCCCGGGUCUUGCUUAAUAAAGCUGCUCUCUGCCCCUCCUCCUCUGUUCUGCGCUCCAGCUUCGCAUUCUGUCUCCCCGGCCACCACUCCACACUUAUUCCAGACCCACAGGCCAAGGUCACAGAAUGUUGGAGUCGGAGGGAAGUUUGGAGAGCGUCUGUUCCAUGCUUCAUCUUACAGUCAACCCGAAUUAGGAUUUCUCUCACCGUCGGACCUCCCAGCGACCCGACCCCUUUCCACCGGUUCCCUUCCCAGCGGAACGGGCGGGGCAGCCCAGACUCCGCCCUCCCUCCC